AUGGAUCUUACUGAUGUUAUUAUAAUCUUGUUCGCUCUUUAUUUCAUCAACUUAUGGUGGCGCCGUUACUCCUCCGCGGGAAGCAGCCAAUGUCGUAUGAACAUUCCGCCGGGACCGAAAGGGUGGCCUCUAGUUGGAAACCUACUCCAAGUCAUUUCCCAACGUCAGCAUUUCGUCUUCCUGAUGCGUGACCUACGUAAAAAGUACGGUCCAAUAUUCACCAUGCAAAUGGGACAACGUACGAUGAUUAUCAUCUCAGACGAAAAACUCAUCCACGAGGCUCUAGUCCAACGCGGCCCCACUUUCGCUUCCCGGCCUCGGGACUCGCCCAUCCGGCUCAUGUUCAGUGUCGGAAAAUGCGCUAUAAACUCGGCGGAGUACGGAUCUUUGUGGCGGACUCUGAGGCGGAACUUUGUGACGGAGCUCGUGACCCCGACUAGAGUGAAGCAGUGCUCGUGGAUAAGGACUUGGGCGAUGGCUAAUCAUAUGAAGAGGAUUAAAACGGAGAGUAUUGAGAAAGGUUACGUCGAGGUUAUGAGCCAAUGCAGGCUAACGAUUUGUAGCAUCUUGAUAUGUCUUUGUUUCGGUGCCAAGAUCAGCGAGGAAAAGAUUAAGAACAUAGAGAAUGUUCUUAAGGACGUUAUGCUUAUAACUUCUCCGACUUUACCGGACUUUUUACCGCUUUUAACUCCGUUGUUCCGGCGUAAAGUUAAAGAAGCGAGAGAGCUAAGGAAGACACAGCUCGAGUGUCUUGUACCGUUGAUUAGAAACCGUCGUGCGUUUGUUGACGCAAAGGAGAGUCCUAACGAAGAGAUGGUGAGUCCGAUUGGUGCGGCUUAUGUGGAUUCUUUGUUUGGUUUGAAGCCGGUCGAGAGAGGAGGCGACCUCGGAGAUGAAGAGAUUGUGACUUUAUGCUCGGAGAUUGUCUCGGCCGGUACGGACACGAGCGCAACUACGCUUGAAUGGGCGAUACUUCAUCUAGUGACGGACCAACGUAUUCAAGAGAAGCUGUACGAGGAAGUUGUUGGAGUUGUUGGCAAAAACGGCGUCGUUGAAGAGGAUGACGUGGCUAAAAUGCCUUACUUGGAGGCUAUUGUGAAAGAGACUCUCCGGCGACAUCCGCCGGGCCAUUUUCUGCUCUCUCACGCCGCCGUGAAAGAUACGGAGCUUGGAGGGUAUGAUAUUCCGGCAGGGGCAUAUGUGGAAUUUUACACUGCUUGGGUUACGGAGAACCCAAAGAUUUGGUCGGAUCCGGGUAUGUUUCGACCCGAGAGAUUUUUAGCCGGUGGGGACGGUGUUAAUGCUGACUGGACGGGGACACGUGGCGUUACAAUGUUACCUUUUGGUGCGGGCCGUCGGAUCUGCCCGGCUUGGUCUUUGGGGAUUUUACACAUCAACUUGAUGCUUGCUAGGAUGAUCCAUUCGUUUAAAUGGAUCCCGGUUCCGGACUCUCCACCCGACCCAACUGAGACCUACGCGUUUACUGUCGUGAUGAAGAAUUCUCUCAAAGCCCGGAUCCUGUCAAGAACUUGA